UUUAAAAAAUAACAACUUUAAAAGUAAUUGAGAGCAGGUGUUAGGAGGUGAGUCAGCGUGAGAAAGAUCCUCAAAUGCUUCGGUUUUCAAGUGGAGUUCAUGCAGGCAAAGCACAGAGGACACGAUGAGGGAUCCUGUCACACUCUUUUAUUACUUCCUUGUCAUGAGUGAAGUUCUUGCAGCAAGCAACAAACCCCGCAGGAGCGUUUCCUUCCCAGACGUGGAUUUGAAACAGUUCAGAGAGCCUGGUUUUGACAGCUUGAGCUCUUUGAUGGUAAGAGACGACAUCGGUCAGCUUGUCCUUGGAACCAGAGGGAAAGUGCUCGCCCUCAGCUUGGACGACAUCACCAAACAGACCAGCGAGGAUGAAUGGGCUGCCAGCUCUGCAGAUAAAGACCUCUGUCAGAUGAAGGGCAAGAGUGUUGAGGAAUGCGAUAACUUUAUCAGGAUCCUGCACACAAUGGAGGAUGGUAAAAUGCUCGUAUGUGGGACAAACGCUUUCAACCCUAUGUGUGACUGUUUGACUUUAACAAAUGGAAGUCUCUCCUUGGAUAGAGAGACGCAGGCAGGCAGGGGGAAAGUUCCUUUUGAUCCCUACCAACGUUUCGCUACCCUCAUAGAUGGUGAUACUUUAUACUCUGCCGCUUCAACAAACUUUCUGGGCACAGAAAUGGUGUUCCAGAGACAUGGACUGAACCCUGUCAAGACUGAGAUAAAACGCUCCUGGUUAAAUGAUCCCACCAUGAUUUCCUUAAGCCUUGUGCAAGCGAGCAAAAAUAGCAGCAAGGGUGAAGAUGACAACGUGUUCUUGUUCUUCCAUGAAAAUGCUGUGGAGGAACUUCACGGCAACAUCCUCGUGUCGAGGAUUGCUCGGGUGUGCAAGAGUGACCUGGGGGGCAAAAGGACCCUGCAGCAGAAGUGGACUUCUUUCCUGAAAGCCAGACUGGACUGUCCAUUUGGAGAUGUUGGCUCAUCGUCUUUGGUCCAGGAUGUUUUUCUCCUCCCAGACAAAAAUGACUGGAGGGACAGCGUCUUCUACGCCACGUUCAUCUCCAACUCGGAGCCCUCCAGUGCUUGCAGUCAGUCUGCUGUCUGUGCGUACAAGCUGUCAGACAUCAGCCAGGUGUUUAGUGGGAGGUUUUUGACUGAGAUGGAUACUGGGAACUGGGACAUAUACACAGGAGAGGAGCCGUCCCCUCACCCUGGUUCAUGCAUUGAUGAUGAAAUGCGGGCCAGUGGUGUGAUGAGCUCUCUGAACCUCUCAGACACGACUCUGCUGUUCAUGAAGAACCACCCUCUGAUGGAGGGGGUGGUUACACCGAUCACUGGCAAGCCUCUGCUUUUCCAGCCACUGACACAAUUUUCCAAAAUUGUUGUGGACCAAGUCACGUCACUGGAUGGACAACAGCACCAGAUUAUGCUCAUCGGCACAGAUUCUGGUUGGCUGCAGAAGGCAGUGAAGUUUGAAGGUGAGGACGGGCGCGUCAUUGAGGAGCUGCAGCUGUUUCGAGAUGCUCAGCCUGUCGAUUUCCUGCAGCUCUCCUCCAAAACAGGCCAUCUGUACAGUGGCACCAGUAAUGCAGCUGUUCAGAUUGAUGUCAGGGACUGCCGCUACACAUCGUGUGACGACUGCCUUCUUGCCAGAGAUCCAUACUGUGGCUGGGAUCAGAGCAGACACCAGUGUGCAUCUGUUUUUGGUGCAUCAAACUCAUCUAUGAUUCAGAGUCUCAGCGAUGGAGACAUCAGGAUGUGCCUACCCUCUGAGUCAAAAAAGAAACCCGUCAUUGUCUACUUCACCGUCGACACAGCUCAGCUCCUCUCGUGUUCCCCUGAGACCAACCUCCCCAUCAGCUGGCGCUUUUUUGACAAUGUCCUUCAUCCUGGUCCACACUACAUUAUAGUGAGCCAGGGUCUCAUCAUCAGACCUUCCUAUUCUGAUGCUGGACUUUACAGCUGUGAGACAGUAGAAGCAGUGAAGGGCAGAGUGCACAGAAAAACCAUUGUCCAGUACCUUGUUCAAGUCCAGGACACUCACGCCAUAAUCAGGAACGUGAAGGUUGCGUUGAUCACCGUGGCUGUUGUUGCCGGCUUGCUCAUAUUUUCCACAGUUAGAGCUGUCGUGAUUGGACGGCUAAAGGUGAAAAAAAGGAAAACAAUCAAGUGAGGCCUGUUUGUCAUUAUGAACACAGCAAAUUAUAGAUGUAUGGAGGAAGGCCGGCAUCACACUGGGAAGGAUGCUAGCACAGAAGGAACCAUCAGAAGAGAAAAUGAAUGCAAAAAAAAAAACAAAUAAAAAAGGUCCGAAUACUUAGACUGCAGUGAAAAUACACUUGACUUGAC